AUGGAUGUCAAGAGUAGAAAUUAUUUAAUUAUGAACCGCCAGGCAUUGGAAAAAGACAUCAAGACUUCUUAUAUCAUGGAUCAUAUGAUUUCUGACGAAGUACUAACAUUACAGGAGGAGGAGAAAGUGAAACAGCAGAGUACACAGAAGGAGCGAGCAGCUAUGCUGAUAAACAUUAUUCUUACGAAAGAUAACAAUUCAUAUAGAUCCUUUUAUAAUGCACUGCUCCAUGAAGGGUACAGCGAUCUUGCUGCACUUCUUCAGGAUGGAAUCCCUUCCGUCUCCUCUGGCAACAGAAAGAGUUCAAUGGAUGGAAUGACUUCAUAUGUUAAGACAGUUCUCUGCGAAGGAGGUGUACCACAGAGACCAGUUGUGUUUGUCACUCGGCCGAAACUGGUAGAUGCUAUUAAAAAGAAAUUAUGCUGCCUGGGAAGUGAUCCAGGCUGGGUCACAGUUUAUGGAAUGGCAGGUUGUGGGAAGACUGUUUUAACAGCAGAAGCUUUAAGGGAUCAUCAGCUCUUGACAGAUUACUUUCCAGGAGGAGUUCACUGGAUCUCUGUUGGGAAACAGGACAAAGCAGGGCUCCUAAUAAAACUUCAGAAUCUCUGUAGUAGAUUGGAACAUGACUCAGCUCUUUCACAAAGGCCACCACUUAACAUUGAGGAGGCUAAAGAUCGUCUUCGUUUGCUGAUGUUACGCAAAUAUCCCAGAUCUCUUUUGGUCCUGGAUGACAUUUGGGAUUCCUGGGUAUUAAAAGCAUUCGAUAAUCAAUGCCAGGUUCUUAUCACCAGCAGAGACAGGAGUGUAACAGAUGCUGUGGCUGGCAAUAAAUAUGAGGUUCAUGUGGAAAGUGGACUAGUACAUGAGAAAGGACUGGAGAUUUUAUCCCUAUUUGUGAAUAUGAAAAUAUCAGAACUACCAGAACAAGCUAACUGCCUUGUAAGAGAAUGCAAAGGUUCUCCUCUUGUGAUAUCCUUGAUAGGUGCAUUGUUACGAGACUUCCCUAAUCGUUGGGAAUACUAUCUCAGACAGCUGCAGAAUAAGCAGUUUAAAAGAAUAAGAAAAUCUUCAUCAUAUGAUUACGAAGCCCUUGAUGAAGCAAUGUCCAUAAGUGUUGAGCAACUGAAUGACAAUUACAAAAACUACUAUAAGGACCUCUCUAUCCUCCCGAAAGAUGUAGAAGUACCUACUAAGGUUUUUUGUAUUCUUUGGGAUAUGGAAACUGAAGAAGUUGAAGAUAUACUACAGGAAUUUGUUAACAAAUCACUAUUGUUCUGUGAUCGUAAUGGGAAAUCAUUCCAUUAUUAUUUACAUGAUCUUCAACUUGACUUUCUCACAGAGAAGAAUCGCAACCAGCUUCAGGGGUUACAUAAAAACAUAGUAAAUCAGUACAAGAAUUACUACAAACUUAAUAUGCCUGUUCCAUCUCAAGAGGAUUGCAUGUACUGGUAUAACUUUCUGGCGUAUCACAUGGCUGGUGCCAACAUGCAGGAGGAGCUCCGUGAUCUUAUGUUUUCUUUAGAUUGGAUUAAAGCUAAAACAGAAUUGGUAGGACCUGCUCAUCUGAUUCAUGAAUAUGUGGAAUAUAGUUCAAUCCUGGAUCAAAAGGAUAGCACAGUACGUGAGAACUUCCAGGAAUUUCUGUCUUUAAAUGGGCACCUUCUUGGGCGGCAGCCAUUCCCUGACAUUAUACAGCUGGGUCUCUGCCAGCCAGAAACAUCAGAGGUGUAUCAACAAGCCAAGCUGCAUGCUCAGAGAGAAACAGGGACAUUCUAUUUGGAGUGGAUCAAUAAAAAAUCCUUGAAAAACCUCUACCGUCUGGUUGUUCGUCCGCACAGAGAUGCAGUUUACCAUGCCUGCUUUUCUAAGGAUAGGCAAAGAAUAGCAUCAUGUGGAGCUGAUAAAACACUUCAGGUGUUUAAAGCAGAAAGUGGAGAGAGACUCCUGGAGAUAGAUGCCCAUGAUGAUGAAAUCCUUUGUUGCGCUUUCUCUGCAGAUGGUGAAUUUGUAGCAACUUGUUCAAGUGAUAAAAAAGUAAAGAUUUGGAAUUCAAGAACAGGCCAGUGUAGGUGUGUAUAUGAAGAACAUUCAGAGCAGGUCAAUUGCUGCCAGUUCAAUAACAGGAGUGGUCAGUAUCUUCUAGCCACCUGCUCAAAUGACACUUUCAUCAAACUUUGGGAUUUGAAUGAAAAGUACUGUAGGAAUACGAUGAUAGGUCAUGAAAAUUCCGUCAGUCACUGUAGAUUUUCACCAAAUGAUGAAUAUGUUGCUAGCUGCUCAACAGAUGGAACAGUAAAGCUUUGGGCAGCAUGCUCAGGAAAUGAACUGAAAAGUAUUGAGAUAAAAGAUUUCUUCAAAAAUGCAGAUGAGCAACCAGAUGAUGUGGAGGUUUUAGUAAAAUGUUGCUCUUGGUCCAGAAAUGGUGACAUGCUAUUGGUGGUAGCCAAAAAUAAGCUUUUGCUUUUUGAUAUUGAAACAUGUGGUUUGUUAACACAAGUCGUUGUAAGUCAUCAUGGUACAAUCCAAUACUGUGACUUUUGUCCUGGUGGUGAGUUAGUAGCAGUUGCUUUGUCUCACUGUUCUGUUGAGUUAUGGAAUAUUAAAUCUUUAUCAAAAGUGGCAUAUUGCAGGGGACACAUGAGCUGGGUUCACUGUGUGACAUUUUCACCAGAUGGAUCUUUAUUUCUGACAUCAUCUGAUGACCAAACAAUACGUAUUUGGGAAACAAAGAAGGUGUGCAAGUCUUCUGAUGCUGUCCUGAAAAGUGAACUAGAUGUUGUAUUUCACAAUGGUGAAGUGAUGAUUUUAGCAAUUUACAAUCAGAAGCAUUUACAACUUAUCAAUGGAAAUACAGACAAUGUUAUUAUGCAGACGGCAGCCCAAGAAUCCCCCAUUUCCUGCUGUUGCUUAAGUGGAGAUCUUAAAUUUGCAGCUUUUGGACAGGAGAAUGGAACACUAAAGGUACUGCAGUUGUCGGAUGGGAAAGUUCUGAAGUCCUGGGAGGCCUACAGGAUAUCUGUGCAGCACUGCCAGUUUACAUCUGAUUGUCAGACUCUCAUUUCAAGUGCUCACGAUUCAGUUAUACAGGUAUGGAAUUGGCAGUUGAGUGAAUGUGUGUUUCUAAGAGGGCACAGGGAAGCAAUCAAGGAUUUUAGACUUCUGGAAAAUUCAAAACUUCUCUCUUGGUCAUUUGAUGGAACUGUUAAAGUUUGGAAUAUCACUACCGGAAACCCAGAAAAAGAUUUUGCUUGCCAUGGAGGUACUGUUCUUUCCUGUGCUGUUUCACCUGAUGGUACUAAAUUUUCAUCUACUUCUGCUGACAAAACUGCAAAGAUAUGGAGCUUUGAAAGUUCAUCUGUUCUUCAUGAGCUGAAAGGCCACGAAGCCUGUGUGCGGUGCUGUGCGUUCUCUCCUAAUAACAAAUUAUUGGCCACUGGAGAUGACAAAGGAGAAAUAAGGAUUUGGGACAUUUUAACGGGUGCAUUACUUCACUUCUGCUCCCCAGUAACUGUAGACGAAGAACCUACACAUGGGGGUUGGGUAACAGACCUCUCAUUUUCUCCUGACAGCAAAAUGCUUGUGUCCUCUGGAGGCUAUCUUAAGUGGUGGAAUGUAACUACUGGAGAAUCCUUACAAACCUUCUACACGAACGGAACAAACCUUAAGUCAAUACAUGUGUCCCCUAAUUUCAAAGUGUAUGUGACUGUUGAUAAUCUUGGUAUUCUUUAUGUAUUACAGAAAUUCUGA